CAUCACCUAAAUUAAUCUUUAUAUUAAGAAUAUUAAAUUCGUACCAUGUUGUCCAGAAUCCAUAAAAAAUAUUUUCCAGAAUACACUGAACUCAACACAAAAAAGCACUUGCAAUUUCGAGAACAAUAGAGAGUAUCGCGAAGAAGGACGUGCGUACUGAACGAAGUCUAAGUUCCGACUACUUGUGUGGCAAUAUAGUAAGCAGAAGCGAGCAAUCACCAAUCAGAGGACUACAGCACAGCAUCAAUGCAGUCUACAAAGAAUUGUUUAUAAACCAGAGCAAAUGAAGUUUGUGCGUCUUUUAUCAUCAUUCGUUUUUGUGUCUAUACUUAAUUAAAUACUUAAGUUUGCAAUCGUUUGCAAUCAUUGUAUCAACAAAGAAAUAUAGUAAUAAAAGAACAUUUACCUUUAAGAAAACUAAAUAGAAAUAUUUCUUAUUCUCAAAGGAUUUAGAAUAUUUAACUCGGCAGUCGUUUCUUCUUUUCCAUCUGGUCUUUCCAACAAAGUGGAGGUCUUCAUAUUCUUCUGCUUCUAAAUCUAGUGGUUUUGUCUGCAGCUAUUCGUAAGGAGGUUGAAAUGCCGUCCCACAGGUCUCUUAUACCGCGGUACGGACGAGUGCUCUCAGAGAGCUGGAGUUCAAGAUGAAUAGAAAGUCGUUCGCCUGUCUGUUGUGAUAGCAACUUCUCGACUUCGAACCUUUCUUGAGUUUGUUGAAUUUACGGACGGUUGUGUCAAAGAUGCCUUCUUUGCCCACCCUGGCGUUAAAGUCGCCAAUGACGAUUUUGACAUCGUGGCGGCGCAGAUCUCAUAGGCUCAUAGCAUGCAAAUCAGCGAUUGUGGAAGAAAUUAGCUUUGAUGCGGAUUGUGGCUAGAUGUUUAUCCACUGGGGUGAAUGCCAGUACUUGGCGACGGAAGCUUUCUUUCCCACCACGAAUCCAACACCGAAUUUGCGCUCCUUUAUAUGACCAUUGUAGUAAAUACCACAAAGACGUACUUGGCUCAGUUCUUGUACCGUCUAUCGCAUUUGUUGGACGGCGGUGAUCAUUUACCUUUACGAGGACAUCAAACGACUGGGCGGCGGCACCUUCCCAAUUAAGGGACCGGACAUUCCAGGUGCAUACCCUCAAAUCAAAAUCGUUAUCAUGUUUUCAGGGGUCAUUAUCAAAAGGUAGGGGUCACUUAUCCGAGGCUGUUGUUUCCUUUUCAUGGGUUGGGUUUCUUACGUGGUGGGUCCCAAAAUCAGCGCAAAACCCUGUGAGGGGAUAUUUCGCCUUCUCACUUUUGCUCGCCUUUAAACGGAUGUUUUUUUGGUUACCUUUAGACCUUUAUUUAUUAUUUCUUUUAUUUCAGCCAUAUUAAGUUCCGCUUUUAUUCGUCGGCAACUCAUGUGACGAUUUGUUGCUUGAUGCUAAGUACGGCGCUUGUUCCUGUUAUCAAUGGUACAUACAUGACCACUGCGUCUAGUAAAACUAUAGUUAUGUGGAUUUUUGCAGAAAAUGCAUUAUGGCGUUCCUAAGUCUCUUUACAUAAAAAAUAAACGCUUCUCAGCAAAUAAUUCGGUUCCAUGUUGCAUUUUCUUGGAAACUCAAAAAUUUAAAAAUUACUGCUUCUAAACGUUUUGGGAUCGAGUCAAUCAGCAUUAAGCUAAAUUGUCAUUUCAGUUGUAUUAACUUACAUCCAAAGUUAAAGCUGAGUUCAUCCGGUUGGUCGCGUGAGUCACUGUACAUUAGUAAGGUGAUUUAUUUGAUUUGACAAUUUUAUUAAAAUUUCUUCUUUUUCGUUUGUAUUUUUUAUUUUAACUUUGAAGUUAAUAUAUACAUAUAAUUAAUUUAUGCAUGAGGAAUGCAAUUAUGCUAUUAAUAUUAUUGUAGUAAAUGUCCACCAUACAGGAGUUCUGUUUAUUUCCUGUUUCAUGGGGAUUUAGAAUAUUAACAUUGUUUAUCAAUCAUCCUGGUCAGGUGUACUUGAAAUCCAUUUCCAUACUGUACCUAAUUCAUUAAUACCUCUUUUUGAUCCAUUGUUAUCAGUUUUUAGUUGUUUUAAAAAAGUUUCUAUUGUUAUCAUUUAUGUUAAGUUUGUUUGCAUAUUGUUUUAUCUUUAACGCCCAAUCAGACAGUUGCCUAAUUUGGGCUAAAUUUUCCCUCUAAUUUCUAUGCGCCCUAUUUCAAUAAUUGCACUCUGAUUUUCAAUAAUUGCACCCUGAUUUUUGAUAAUUUUGUCUAUCUUGGAAACAGUACUAAAAUCAACAACAAUGCCAGUUUCGAAAUCCUACUUUGAACUGAGUAGACAAUUGAAAAGUAAAGUCCUCUUUCGACGAACAAAGGCCAAACUCUACGAUUCACUCAUCAUCUCCGUCCUGUUAUAUGGUACAGAAGUAUGGGCGAUGACAACAGCAGAUGAGUAUAAAUUGUUCGGCCAAUUAAAGGGAAACGGUUACGCUGGCUUGGUCAUGUUAUCCGAAUGGAUGAAAACACUCCAGCUUUGAGAGUAUUUAACGCCGUGGGAAGCAGAAAAAAAAGGACUUGCUUUGAACUUUCAAUUGGUAUCACGUUGCGAAAAGAAGAAACGACUGGGGCGCUGUUGUUAAGGGGGUAUUCUUGUCUAGGAUUUUGAAAAAAUCGAUUUUUUUUUGCAUAUCUUGAAAGUUUAGACUUUCAUAUGACUUUGGAAGGAUUUUUCAAAAUUCGAUUUAUUUUCGGAGAUACAGUCGAUUUUGUGACGUGGUGUCCGUGUUCACUAGAAUUGUCUCCUAAACUUUAAACGCGUUUUUCUCAAAACCGAUUUUUUUGGAACGAUAUCCACGAGUUCUCAGGUUCUACUUGACCGAUUUACUUGAAAUUUGUAAAGUCUUUUUUAUAAGCUUUUCUAUGGUUGGAACUAGCCCCAUCCCCUAAUUUUUAUUUUUAUUACGUUUAAAAAAUUUGAAAUAGUCAGAAAAAGUGAUCCGAAAAACCUUUUUUUUCAGGCAGUCACCAUUUUGUGAAAAAAAUUUUUUCCCACUUCUCCGUAGUUCCGGCCAUUGCGACAUUAUUCUAGAUUAAUAAUUUUUUUUUUUUUGGUUUCAGAUAACUAGGAGGGUUGAAAUCAUGGGUAUGGUCACGUGGAAAUUUUUAGAGACCCCCCACUUCGACAGCUCAUAAUUUUUGAAAUAUUUCCCUUUUUUUACUUUUUAAGUUUUUUCUGUACUCUUCCAAAAUUAACAAAAAACUAAUAAAAAAUGGAUGGUAAAAAUAUUAAUUGCCUUAUUUCUACGACACUUUAAAAAUUACCUGAAAUUCAUGCUUCUAGACCAGAAUACCCCCUUAACUCGGCUAUAAUCGCGUAAGCGGUGUCUAUGCCAGUAAAGAAGAAGAAGUUUUAAUGAAUACGGAUAUUUCUUCUGGUUUAUUUGCCACCACUCUAUCAAAUUGAAAGAUUCAGUCAUCUUAACUACUCCUCUGUUAUAUCUUUCUUCUCAGUCAUCGACUAUCUCUCGUGCCGUAAAGACGUCUUUUCUUCUUUCACUUACGCAGUAUUUUUUCUUAAUUUCAUCGACUACCUAAUUCGCUUUUCACCGCUCGCGAGUGCUCUAUUCCUUUCAUUAUUCGUGUUUACAUUGCUCACUAGCAAUCCAACCUCAAAAACAUAAUUUUUACACGUGUACGAUGGCUCCAAUGCCAUCAAACAUCAGGGAGAAUCGCUUCUCUAUACUUGACCCGGGACCUAAAAGAAAAAAACGCAAACCUCCAAUAACUGUUCAAUUAGAAGAUUUCCCAUGUCUUCCCGAAAAAAAGCAGACGACCCAAAAUUUAUUGUGAUUGAAGCUACUGAUCCGUCCAGACCUGUUGCAUCUUACUCAUGCUUCGCAAUACAUCAUGCCAUCAAGCAAAUUAGCAGUGAAGUGCAUAACAUAUCCACUCUUCGUGAUGGAAAGCUGUUACUUCUGGUAAAGAAUAACAAAAUAGCCGACAAAUUUCUAAGGGCGAAACAAUUGGUAGGAGUGUGUCCCAUAUUAGCCACGCUACACGCAUCACUCAACCAAGUGAAAGGUACCGUAUACGCUCCUUUUCUCAACAAUGUGGCAGAGGAGGAAAUUAUUCAAGAAUUAUCCCCCCAAGGAGUGGUCGAAGUUUAUAAAUUUAAAAAAUAUAUCGAUGGGAAAUUAUUACCAUCGGGAGUGGUUUUGCUCACUUUUAAUCUUUAUAAUUUACCCAAUAAAAUCGAUAUCGCCUGGUGCAAAGUAUUUGUUCGCCAAUAUAUACCCCUCCCCAUGCGUUGCAAAUCUUGUCAGAUUCUUGGGCAUACAAAGAAUAAAUGCCAACGCUCUCUUCUUUGUGAAAACUGUUCACUCCCUCCUCAUUCUCCUUCCGACUGCGCUAAUUGUUUCCAAGCACACCCGUUCUCUUCCAAGGAAUGCCCAAAAUUUGUACAAGCUAAAGAAAUUUUAAAAAUCAAAACUACUAACAAGUGCUCAAUGCGGGAAGCUACAAAAAUAUACAAACAACAAGCAAACGUAAUAAACUCUUCCAAAAGCUCAUAUGCCGACAUUGCAUCCACUGCAAACGCAAGCAAAACCAGUAGAAACUAUAGCACAGUCACAACAAACAACACAAUCAACUCCACCAACACAACAAUUUACGAAAACAACAAUAAUGCCAAUAAAAACAACUUAAAUAAAACACAAGCCAAUAUUGACAACUUAGACCUUUCCCACAUAUCCAGUACUCCUAGCAAACAAGCCAACAUACCAGACUCCCCGAAAGUAGAAUCUUAUACAGCAAUAAAAACAAAUAAGAACAUUCCAUCAACUAUCAACAUAAACAAACAAAAUAACUCUUCCAACUCUCCGGUUUUGGAAAUCUCACAUCCAAUCACAGAUCAAAACGAAAUAGAAACAAACUAUAAUAUAAAUCCACCUCUUCAAUCAAACUCACCAUACUCUUUCUCUCAACUCCAAUCAUAUUAUCAACCUCUUCCAACUCUCUCUCAAGUUCUCGCUACUCAAGAACAAAACACAUCUAAAAACGAAAUGCUAGAUUAACGAAACACUUCAUACACGACUAUUCACAUGAAUACAUAUUCUCACGUUCUGCUUCCCUCUCAUUUUUAUCAAUGGUGUUAAAAAUAAUCCAAUGGAACAUGAAUGGAUAUUGGAACAAUUAGCAUGAGCUACAUUUACUUGUUAAAGAAGAGAACCCAGAUGUGAUAUGUAUUCAGGAAACUCACAUCCCAAUAACAAAUAUCCAAAAAACAUACUUUCCCAAACAAUACACUGGCUACUUUUUUAAUUUAAACAACAUACAAACUAACAAACAAGGAGUUGGUAUAUUAGUUAAAAGACAUAUACCUCAUGAAAUUUUUAAUAUUACUUCAACGUUGUCUACCAUAUCAAUCAAAUUAAAACUCAGCCAUCCAAUUUGUGUUGUUAAUACUUACAUUACCCCCCCAGCAAAUCUUUAACGAAUCCGACCUAAAGUGUAUAUAUCAUUAGCUUACCAAACCUUUCCUAUGGGUUGGCGACUUCAAUGCUUGGAACCCACUUUGGGGCUCUCCCAAAUCAAAUCCAAGGGGCUUAAUAAUUGAAAACUUUUUAACAAACCACCAAUUAUCAUUACUUAAUAAUGGCGCUCCCACCCACUUUUCAACUCAUUCAACGUUCACCAAUGUAGACCUCUCCUUUUCUUCUCCCGAACUGUCUCCGAGAAUCAAAGGUAGUGACCACUUCCCAAUUUCAAUCAAUAUUGCUACAGUCCUACAUCCUACAAAAUACACUUACCUCCCCCGAUUUAAGACAGACUUAGCUAACUGGGACAAAUUUCAAGCAGAAAUAUUAAAUACUAUGAAACGCUCGCCUACAGGCAAUAUAAACCAAGAAACCUCUUUUAUUACAAAAACUAUACGCUCGGCAGCUUACAAAUCAAUUCCCCAAAGUACAAGAAAAAUUUCUAAAGACUCUCCCAUUUGGUGGAAUAAAGAACUUCAAAACCUUCGCACCCAAAAAAUUGAAUGCUGGAAGACUCUAAGAAACUCCAUAACGGAUGCAAAUAUAAUGAACUUCAAAAAAUCGAAUGCUCAUUUCAAAAGGGCGGCCAAAGCAGCCAAGAGAAAGAAUUUUGAAACUUUUACCUUGCAUAUUUCAUCUUCAUCAACCUCCAAAAAAAUUUGGCAUGACGUCAAACUUCUAACCAGUAUCCCACACUCCCAUAUAGCAGUUAUUCAAUCCGUGGGAACAUUUCUAUGCGACUCCACAGAUAUUGGAACAGCUUUUGCACAACAUUGGUCUCAAUAUUCAGUUGACGGCAACUUUUCUGAAGAAUACAUCCAGGAAAAACAUCGUUGGCUUUCCAUGCACUACGCUCCUACAAAUCUUUCCUUAUCGGCAAUUCACUUAGACAAUAUGAUAACAUACUGUGAACUGGAAUCCGCACUCGUACAUGCCAAAGGCAAAACACCUGGCAUCGAUCGUAUCGUAACGCGUUGGCGUUCACGCAGUACUGAGCCAACUUGCAAACUGGAAGGUUGGUUCAAAAGCUUUUAUGAUAAUAAAAGCGUUUAUGAUCCACCGACAGUUCAGAGUUCGUGUUAACAAUACUUUUUCCGAGGUAAACCCUCUUAACAACGGUAUACCCCAAGGCUCCCCCCUAUCCGUAGUACUAUUCAUUAUAGCGUUUGAUAAACUCACCGAUAUCUGCCUAAAUAUAAAAAAUAUUAAAAUAACUAUGUAUGCCGAUGAUGCUUUUAUUUACACUAAUUUGAAAGAUCCGCAUGCAACUAAUGAUGUUUUCAAUGAAGUACUUACGAAAUUCAAAAAAUGGGGUUCACUUUCCGGAGCAUCUAUCUCAACUUCUAAAUGUAAAUUAUUACAUAUUUGUAAAAAAAAAGAGAUGUUCAUACCCAAAUUUAAUUUUUGACAAUACUUUAAUAUCAGGUGUAAAUAACUUAAAAAUAUUAGGAAUAUAUUUUGACAAUAAGUUUACAUUUAAGAAUCACUGUAUUAACCUUAGAAAAUCGCUUUCCAGUAGACUAAACAUAAUUAAGUAUUUAUCUAGCAAACGGUUAUUUAUACAUACAAAUACACUUAUUAAUAUUACAAGAGCCAUAAUACUCUCUAAAAUUGACUAUGGCCUACCGAUUUACGGUUGGUGCUCGAACACAAACAUUAAGCAGUUGGAGGCUCCAUAUCACGCCGCAAUUCGUCGUAGCUUAAACGCCUUUUCUACAUCACCAACUAAAUGUAUCUUAGGAGAAAGUGGCUUACCGUCAAUAAAGGAAAGAGUUUACGAAAAAACGAUACAACUUCUUCCAAAAAUACUUAAUUUUCCAAACACUGGCAUUUAGAAAUGUAUAACGCUUACUGCAAAACACAAAAGGAGUUUUCAACUUAAAUCUACCCUCCGCCGCUGUCUUCGAGUUUGCAAAAAUUUUAAACAUUCCUAUCCCAUCUAAAUUUUAUACAACCAACACUCAACCUGAAUGGCUGAUUAGUGAUGUUUCAAUAGAUACAUCUCUGCAUAAUUUCAAAAAAUCCACCCCCAGUAACACAGUUUUUCAACAAAACUUCUUAGAACUAACCAACAUCUAUAAGAAUAAAACGUGUAAAGAAAUUUUCACAGAUGCGUCCAAAUUAACAAACACUGCCUAUGCUGUAACCACAGCUUACGGGACAACUAUUACUGGCGGAAUUCUUCCAUCAUAUUCGUCCGUAUUUACCGCCGAGGCAAUUGGAAUAUAUAUGGCAUUAAAAUAUGCUAUCUUACAAAAAGGCAAAUUCCUUAUUUGCUCCGACAGCAUUUCCUGCUUGAACGCCAUAAGCAACAUACGAAAUAAUUCCAUAGUAAUAUCUAAAAUUAGAGAUAUUUGCAUUAAACAUAAACGAAAAAUAGCGCUUCCGUGGGUGUCAGGUCACGUUGGCAUUCCUAGGAACGAAUAUGCGGACAACGCGGCAAGAUUCUUCGAAUCUGCCCCCACUUUUCUCAACGAGGUGCAAGACCAAAAUGACCUCAGUAAAAUGUUACGCAGACACAUACAUACAUAUAUGAAAAGAAAGUUGCAGACUGGAAGAAAUUUAAACACAAAUACGCAAUUCUAAACAAACUGCGCGAAAAGGUACGCUACCCCAACAACAUCUCAAGACAGCAAGCAACAAUUUUUACUCGAUUAAGGAUCGGACACAGGCAAAUCACUCACCAACAUCUUCUUGGCGGCAAUCCUAUACCAUCCUGCCCUUUCUGCCCCAGCACAUUAUCCAUGGAACAUAUACUCAAUAUCUGUCCAGCACUAGAGAGUAUUAGGCAAAAACACUUUAAUUCUAGUAAAUACCAAACAUUGUUAAAUACUCCAUCUUUCGCAAACAUUGUUAAUAUAUGCAAUUUUCUAAAAGAAUGUAAUUUUUAUAAUAAAAUAUGAACUUUGGAACUUUAUACAAUUAUAUCGGAGGCGAUGGCCACAGUAGCUUGUACUCCUUCCUUACUAUUAGGUUUAAUAUUCUGUAUAUUUUUCCUAAUA